AUGUCUAAGACGUUUAGUGCAAGCGACGUCUCGUCGCAUAACAAGCCUGAUUCUCUCUGGAUUAUCGUCGAUGAGGAUGUCUACGACGUGACAAAGUUCCAGGAUGACCACCCAGGUGGCAAGAAGAUCCUGCAGAGGGUUGCCGGCAAAGACGCCUCGAAGCAGUUCUGGAAAUACCACAACGAGGGCAUUCUGAAGAAGUACAAGGGCCAACUGCAGAUUGGCAGUCUCGACUCCAAGCCCAAGGCCGAGGCCAAGCCCGCCGCAGAGCCUGUGCCCGUUGCCGCGCCUAAGACGUCACCCGCAAAGACGCCCGUCACGCCCAAGGGCAACGAGGAGGCGGAGGCGCUGGAGCCGUUUGGAGACCAGAUCCCCUUUUCCGACCCGAACUGGUAUCAGGGUUUCCACUCGCCCUACUGGAACGAGUCCCACGCUGCACUCCGGGCCGAGGUCCGCGAAUGGGUCGAGAACGAGAUCGAGCCCAAUGUCACCGAGUGGGACGAGAAGAAAGAGGUCCCGGCCUCUGUGUAUAAGGAAAUGGGACGACGGGGCUACCUCGCCGGCCUCUUGGGUACUGCAUACCAGAAGGACUACGUCACUAACCCGAUCAAGUCCGUCCCGGCCGAGCAAUGGGACUUGUUCCACGAGCUGUUGAUCACAGACGAGAUCUCCCGUGUCGGCUCGGGCGGCUUCGUCUGGAACGUCAUCGGAGGUUUCGGCAUUGGCUGCCCGCCCCUGGUCAAGUUUGGCAAGAAGAGCUUGAAGGACAGGAUCCUGCCUGGUAUACUGAAUGGUGACAAGAGGAUCUGCCUGGCCAUCACAGAGCCGGAUGCUGGCUCCGACGUCGCCAACCUGACAUGUGAGGCCAAGCUGAGCGAAGAUGGGAAGCACUACAUCGUCAACGGCGAGAAGAAGUGGAUCACCAAUGGCAUCUGGGCCGACUACUUCACCACCGCGGUGCGUACUGGCGGCCCAGGCAUGAAUGGCGUGAGCUUGUUGCUCAUCGAGAGGGAGCACGGUGGUGUCUCGACCAGGAGAAUGGACUGCCAGGGUGUGUGGUCUAGUGGUACCACGUACAUCACCUUCGAGGACGUGAAGGUGCCUGUCGAGAACCUGCUGGGCAAGGAGAACCAGGGUUUCAGAGUCAUUAUGACCAACUUCAACCACGAGCGUGUGGGUAUCAUCAUCCAGUGCUUGCGCUUCUCCCGUGUCUGCUUCGAGGAGUCGGUCAAGUACGCCAACAAGCGCCGCACUUUCGGCAAGAAGCUCAUCGAGCAUCCUGUGAUCCGCCUGAAGCUCGCCCACAUGGCGCGGCAGAUCGAAGCGUCCUACAACUGGCUUGAGAACGUUCUCUACCAGUGCGAGAAGAUGGGCGAGACCGAGGCCAUGCUGCGGCUGGGUGGUCCGAUCGCAGGCCUCAAGGCGCAGUCCACAGUCACGUUCGAGUUCUGCGCGAGGGAGGCCAGCCAGAUCUUUGGCGGUCUGAGCUACUCGAGGGGUGGGCAGGGCGGCAAGAUCGAGAGGCUGUAUCGAGACGUCAGGGCGUAUGCCAUUCCCGGUGGCAGUGAGGAGAUCAUGCUGGAUCUGAGUAUGAGGCAGAGCAUGAGGGUUGCGAAAAUGCUAGGUGGGAUGAAGUUGUAG